AUGAAUGAACGUGAAAGAACGCACGCGCGUGUGUGUAUUACUGGCGAACGGACGAGCGAUCCGCUGUGUCGCCACGGCGAAGUAUUUUACAUUUACUGCGGCUUUUGUCAGACAACCGCGGCACGACGUAGUAUUAAUUUUACUUUCCCUGUUUUUCAAUCUGCUUGCUUCUUCUUCUUCUUUCUUCAGUUUAAUUUCCCAGUUUUCUUUCUAGUACUAAUUAUUCAUUCCCCCUAUUUUCCUUCCACUUGUUCAUUUUCUUCACACCCUCUUUCUCUCUUCUCUUGUAUUCUUUUUAAUUUUACGUCUUUUUCCUCUUCUUCUUUUUCCUCUUUUCCUUCAUUCUUUUCUUUUUUAGUCUCUCCUCUUUCUUUUAUUUCUUAUUUCCCCCUCAAUUCCAUUUCUCUCUUCUUCUUAGAGAAUUACAAAGUACCCCUACUAAAUCUUUCUUUCUUUCUUUCUUGCUUCUUUUUGGCCUCUUCUCCCUUCUUUUUUAGUCCUUUCUUUUUUUCUUUUCCUUUCAUUCUUUUCUUCUUCCUCCUUUUCUUCUUUCUACUCUAUGCUUUUCUUACUUUCUUCCUCACUUUCUGUUUCUUUCUGAGCCACCAUUCUCCCCCUCUCUCUCUCUUCUUAAUUACUUCCCGUUUUCUUGUUUUUUUCUUCUUCUUUUCCUCUCCUCCUUUAUGCUUUAUUUUUACUCCACUCUCCUCUCUUUGGCAAGCUAUUUUCUCUUUUCUCAAAACUUCUUUUCUUUUUCCUCUCUCCUUUGCUCUCUCUCUCUCUCUCUCUCUCUCUCCUUCUUCUUCUUUUUUAUAUUAUUUCUCAUUUCAUUUUUCUCUUUUUCCCCUUCUUUGCUUUCUCCUUUUACAUAUUUAUUACAUCCAUCUUUCUUACAUUUUCUUCAAAUUCUUAUCCUUUUCUCUUUAUUGUUUACGUCUUGAGGUAGGCAGUCAUGGCCCUCCACAGAUCUCUUUUCUUUAUUAUUAG